UGAGCUGUGUCACAAUCUCGAGGGAGAGGUGCGCAGGCUCGGACGGUAGUUGUGUACGUGCGAGGGUUUUCCCAGAAGGUUGAGUUGCGGUGCAAUGCCGUGGGGGUCAAGUCGGACGAGUCGCAGGGUGACGGCUUCGGCGAUAGUGCACAAGUCGAUUGACUAUUUCGAUGGGUGCUUCUGGCCUGUUCAGAUGGUCGGAAGAAGCGUGCCCUGGUGCCCUGGUGCCCUGGUGCCCUGGUACACUGGCCGUAGAUGCUUGUUCACAGCAGGUGUGAGUUCCACGCAGCUGCGGCGACCAUUCCUGACGGUGCGAGGAGUGAUGAAACGUGGGAGAGGACCUCGCGUCCGCAGGUUGUGUGGAAUGUGUUAUGCAGAAUUGAUUGUCGAGUCAAAGAGAGCGAGCAGGGGGGUAACACCGCUUGCGCAUGAGCAGCCGUAUGGACCGCACCUGUACCUGAGAUCGAAUUCCCCGUUCCCAGAGACGCGUAUAAAGAGCGUGGAGCGACGGCUGGCGGACAACGAGACAAUGGUAAGGGUAGACGGCGACCUGGACCCGGACCGCGUGGAGCGGUGAGGGUAAGGUGAGCAGCACAGCGACAGUGAGGUCUGCGCGAGCGAGGGCAGCAGCAGCGGGCGAGAUCCAACGUCUGGGACCAGCAGCCAAGGCGAUGCCGAAUAAAGUGCCAAUGCUUUGGGGGCCAGCUAC